AGGGCUGCCCCUGCGGACGGUGCUUGGGAAGAAGCUUGGGGGGUCCGAAGGCAGCGUCGUCUGCUCCAGCAGCCUUUCGUACUAAGCCCCCUCCUUUUCCCGUCUCUCCCCAGGACUGGCAGCCCCCCUUCGCUGUGGAAGUGGAUAACUUCAGGUUCACCCCACGCAUCCAGAGGCUUAACGAAUUGGAGGCGCAGACGCGGGUGAAGCUGAACUACUUAGACCAGAUUGCGAAGUUCUGGGAGAUCCAGGGCUCCUCGCUCAAGAUCCCCAACGUGGAGCGGCGCAUCCUCGACCUCUACAGCCUGAGCAAGGUGGUGCUGGAGGAGGGGGGCUACGAGGCCAUCUGCAGGGACCGGCGGUGGGCUCGCGUGGCCCAGCGUCUCGCCUACCCCUCCGGCAAGAACAUCGGCUCCCUGCUGCGCUCCCACUACGAACGCAUCAUCUACCCCUACGAGAUGUACCAGUCGGGGGCCAACCUGGUGCAGUGUGACGCCCGGCCCUUCGACAGCGAGGAGAAGGACAAGGAGUACAAGCCCCACAGCAUCCCCCUGCGCCAGUCCGUGCAACCCUCCAAGUUCAACAGCUACGGGCGCCGGGCCAAGCGGCUGCAGCAGGAGCCGGAGCCCACGGAAGAGGACAUCGAGAAGAACCCGGAGCUGAAGAAGCUGCAGAUCUACGGCGCCGGCCCCAAGAUGCUGGGCCUGGGGCUGGUGGCCAAGGACAAGACCCUGCGGAAGAAAGACAAGGAGGGUCCCGAGUGCCCCCCCACGGUGGUGGUGAAGGAGGAGCCCCCCGGGGUGGAUCCCCGGCCGGAGCCGGCGUCGCCCCGCCCCUUCCUGGAGGUGAAGGAGGAGCUGCGGCACAGCCCGGAGCCCUGCACCAAGAUGACCAUGCGCCUGCGCCGCAGCCACGGCAACACGCAGUUCAUCGACUCGUACGUGUGCCGGAUCUGUGCCCGCGGGGACGAGGACGACAAGCUGCUGCUGUGUGACGGCUGUGACGACAACUACCACAUCUUCUGCCUGCUGCCCCCCCUGCCCGAGAUCCCCAAGGGAGUCUGGCGCUGCCCCAAAUGCGUCAUGGCGGAGUGCAAGCGCCCCCCGGAGGCGUUCGGCUUCGAGCAGGCCACGCGGGAGUACACGCUGCAGAGCUUUGGGGAGAUGGCCGACGCCUUCAAGGCUGACUACUUCAACAUGCCCGUCCACAUGGUGCCCACGGAGCUGGUGGAAAAGGAGUUCUGGCGCCUGGUGAACAGCAUUGAGGAGGACGUGACGGUGGAGUACGGCGCCGACAUCCACUCCAAGGAGUUCGGCAGCGGCUUCCCCAUCAGCGACAGCAAGCGGAGGCUGUGCCCCGAGGAGGAGGAGUACGCGGCCAGCGGCUGGAACCUGAACGUGAUGCCGGUCCUGCAGCAGUCGGUUCUGUGCCACAUCAAUGCCGACAUCUCGGGCAUGAAGGUGCCCUGGCUCUACGUGGGCAUGGUCUUCUCCGCCUUCUGCUGGCACAUCGAGGACCACUGGAGCUACUCCAUCAACUACCUCCACUGGGGCGAGCCCAAGACGUGGUAUGGGGUGCCGUCGUUUGCGGCCGAGCACCUGGAGGACGUGAUGAAGAAGCUCACCCCGGAGCUGUUCGAGAGCCAGCCGGACCUGUUGCACCAGCUCGUCACCCUCAUGAACCCCAACACCCUCAUGGCCCACGGCGUGCCG